AUGUCCAGGUCUUACGAUCGCGCGCUCACGGUAUUCUCACCCGACGGCCAUUUGUUCCAGGUUGAAUAUGCACUAGAGGCAGUGCGCAAGGGAACUUGUGCUGUGGGAGUUCGCGGCAAGGACGUUGUCGUACUUGGUGUGGAGAAGAAGUCCGUCCUUCAACUGCAAGAUCCUCGGACGGUCCGAAAGGUGGCCAUGUUGGACGAUCAUAUCUGUCUUGCUUUUGCUGGUCUUACGGCGGAUGGACGAGUUCUGAUUGACAGGGCGCGAAUAGAAUGCCAAAGCCAUCGUUUGACUGUCGAGGACCCAGUCACUGUUGAGUACAUAACCAGACAUAUUGCGGGCAUUCAGCAGAAAUACACACAAUCAGGAGGGGUGCGGCCGUUCGGAAUCUCCACUCUCAUUGUUGGGUUUGACCCUCACGACACAAGACCACGUCUCUAUCAGACUGAGCCCAGUGGUAUCUACAGUUCGUGGAAGGCUAACGCCAUUGGGCGGUCCUCCAAGACCGUUCGUGAAUUCCUGGAGAAGAAUCACAAGGACGACAUGACUAGAGAGGAUGCCAUCAAGCUGACCAUCAAGAGUCUACUCGAGGUUGUUCAAACAGGUGCGAAGAAUAUCGAGAUUAGUAUCAUGGAGAGCUACGGCAAAGUCACGAGCUUGGACCUCACUCAAAUCGAAGCAAUAGUCGCAGAAAUUGAACGGGAGAAAGAAGCUGAGGCGGAGCGAAAGCGCACACGACUGGCGGCCACUGCGGCCGGUCAAGCUGCGAUGGCCCAAGUAGCAGGAGAACCGUCGGAUCAGUAG